AUGAACAGGUGCCCCGUCUUCUCUGCCACGCUCACCAAGCCCGCCACUGACGCUCGGAACUCUCGAAAUCUGGCUCAGAUGGCCAAGGAAGCAGACCUGGAGAUACAGAGGAAACAGGCCAAGAGCAAGCGUAUGUUAGCUUCUUUGGGUCAUGUUGAGGUGCAUGUGCCUGAGGUGCCCGCUCGUGCGCCAUCUCCUGUUAGUGCAGCGAGUGAGGCGGAGGCUCCCCCGUCCACCGUACGUGCUUCUGCUGGUCACUUCCGGGACUUCCUUGGUUGGGAUAAUGUCGCUGUGUCCAGAGAAGGGAAAGUGGGAGGAAGUGCGCUAGUCAGGGUGGCGACUAACGCUUCGUGA